CACUUGGGGCAGAAGAAUUCGUUUUCCUUUCUUUCUCUCUCUCUCUCGCGCGCGGAGAGUGACGUCACAGGGACGCACGGAUUCGGGAAGGAGGUUUCGAAGAUAGCAUGUGCGGGGGCUGCGUGAAGACGGAGUACCCGCCUCGGGGUACUACUUGCUUGGAGAAUGGAUCCUAUUUAAUGAACUAUGUUGGUUGCAUUGAAUGCAAAACACGGGAUUUUGUGAUGAUUGUGAACAAAGCAACAGAAGAACAGGAUGGAGAGGAAAUAAUCACUUAUGAUCAUGUAUGUAAGAAUUGUCACCAUGUGAUAGCCAGGCAUGAAUACACUUUUGGUGUGGUGGAUGAUUACCAGGAAUAUACCAUGCUAUGCAUGCUCUGCGGGAGGGCAGAAGAUUCUAUCAGUGUCUUGCCUGAUGAUCCUCAUCUGAUGACUCCAUUGUUCUGAAGUGCCUUGAUUCGAUUUUUUUCUCAGCCAUUGUAUUGUCUUGUGCUAAAUAACAGAAACUUAUGGGAUAUGACAAUUACAGAACACACAUGCAGACUCUGCUCAAUCCAUGUGGGAAGUCAAGUGAUAUGGGGUCAAAAAAAUGCUAUCUUAAUUUUGCCAUCAUCAGAAGUGAUUUCUGCAAACUAAAGGAAUAGAGAGGAAAAAGUUUCAUUUGCUGAAAGCUUCAUAGAAAAGGCAGAACUGCUGCCUCCUGCUUUGGGUCUUCUUGAAUGUUUUCUACAAGUCAGAAUGCUGUGGUCAGUGUUAUUGGCACUGAAGGGAAUGCUGUGUCUUGCAGAAAUAUUUGGAAAGGAUAAAAACGAGAGGACCUUUUUGAGACUAUCUACCCCACCGCAAUACCAACCACUGCCCCCCCAGCUUUCCUAUUUGAAAGAAUACUGAUUUGCAGGAGAUGCAAAAAUGUAUGCGAAAAGUUAUUGUUAUUGCAAAAGUGUCAGAGGAAAAUUGCCUUUCCCAGAGCCAUCCAGCACACCAUGUAGAAAUAGAGGAAGAGGUAAGACCAGGUUACUUGAGGGACCGUCUCACCCCACUGGGAUUGGCCCAUAUCACUCGUGCCAGCAGAGGAGGCAAGCUGUGGGUCCUGUCAACCCAAUUAUUCCAGCUGUUGGAGUCCAGGAGGAGGGCCUUCUUCUCUGCUGUUGCUCCUGCCCUCUGGAACAUCUUGCCCCACUGAUGUGAGGUUGGCCCCAACCCUCCUAUCUUUUUGUAGGGGCUUAAAGAUGUGGCGGAACAGCGCAAUGGAGGUGGUUGGUUGAAUAUUAACGGAUCCCACUUCUCCUCCACUCCACCACCCCCGCCAUCCCCAUGUGUCCUUGGUUUUAAUAUCUGAUUUUAACUUUUUAUGUUUUAAUUGUAUAUGUAACUGUAAACAACCCAGAGUUACCCUACGGUGAGAUGGGUGGCCAAUAAAUUUAAUUAUCUCACAGAGAAAGCUUUAGAGGAGGAUAGAACUAGUCAGUGUUUCUCGGCGGUUUCUUUGCCCCAAAUUAAAGAAGAUUCCAUUUUCCUUCCAAGUUUUCCAGAAUGUACGGUUGACUCCUAGGAGAGUCAUGUAAUUUCACGCUUAUUAGAAAAGGAACAGAGGAAGAAAUCUUGCUGAUUCUAAUCUAAAUAAUUGCACUGAACUUCCCAAGCCAUGGGAUGCAUGCCCUCUGACAUCGGCGGUUCUUGAAUCAAAGGGGGAAAUUGUGUUUUCUAUUGGCACAUUGUAUAUUGGGUGAUCGUUGAUAAAGUAAAUGAAAUAAAGCUGAAAAAAGG